UGAGAGUUGCGUGGAUAGAGUAGGCUACAUUUCCCGGAUGGAGUCCCGACGCCAUCUUUAGAGUAAGGCUACCGGUAGAGUGGGAACUCCGUGCCGCUGUUGCUCCGUUAGGAAUCCUCGGUCGAGAUUCUCUCCCGUCCCUGAGCUUCUUCACCUCCGCCCGCUCGAGAUCGCCAACCCCAAGACUGUGCAAAAUGGGAGACCGGGACAACCUAGUAUAUCAGGCGAAACUUGCCGAGCAAGCUGAAAGAUACGACGAGAUGGUGGAGUCGAUGAAGAACGUGGCGCGCAUGGGCACAGAGCUGACGGUAGAGGAGCGGAACCUGCUGUCAGUGGCCUACAAGAACGUCAUCGGCGCCCGGAGAGCCUCCUGGAGGAUCAUCAGCAGCAUCGAACAGAAGGAGGAGAGCAAGGGCAGCGAAGACAAACUCAAGAUGAUCCGGGAGUACAGACAAACGGUCGAGAAAGAACUGAAGGACAUCUGUAACGACAUUCUGGACGUACUGGACAAGCACCUCAUUCCUGCUGCAUGCUCGGGAGAAUCAAAGGUUUUCUACUACAAAAUGAAGGGUGACUACCACAGGUACCUGGCGGAGUUUGCCACGGGUAACGACAGGAAGGAGGCGGCGGAGAACAGCCUGGUGGCGUACAAGGCGGCCAGUGACAUCGCCAUGAGCGAGCUGGCGCCCACGCACCCCAUCCGCCUGGGCCUGGCCCUCAACUUCUCCGUCUUCUACUACGAGAUCCUCAACUCGCCCGACCGUGCAUGCAGGUUGGCCAAGGCGGCGUUUGACGACGCCAUCGCGGAACUGGACACACUGAGCGAGGAGAGCUACAAGGACUCCACACUCAUCAUGCAGCUGCUACGCGACAACCUGACACUAUGGACAUCAGACAUGCAGGGAGACGACUCCUAAGGACACACCCCCUCCCCCUCCAUUCCCUCUUAGAACUGUACUUUGUGAAGAACAGAAUAAAGAAGCACUGCAAGAUGUGGAGGAUGAGACUCAGUGAGACUUCACGGCCAAUACGCAACCCCAACCACCCCAGCCCUGCCCUGCCCUAGCCUGACCCUGAUCUUUACGUCUCUCUUGCCCUCCCCUUUAUUCUUUAUCUCUCCCUCUCCACCUCCUCUCUUUCUCUCUCUCUCUCUCUCUGACGUCCCCACCUGGUUCUCCAUUUGGCAUGAGAGCCCCACAGCCAGCCUCUCCCCUGCUCUCCUCCCUUCUUUCCUCUCCUCCACUCUUCUCUUCUCUCAUCUUCUCUCCUCUCCUAGCCACUCUCAUCUUCUGUCUUUCUGUUGCUUUCUCCGUCUGUCCAUUUCUUCUCUUUUCUUUCUUCUUUGCAACCCCAACGCCCUACCCACUCAAGACAGUUUUUUUGUUUCGUUUUUCUUUGCUGCAGGUUUUAUUUUUAUUUUUUGACUUUGCUGCAGUUUGACUGGGAUUGCAUACUGUACUUGCAUCAUGAAAACCCAUUACAAUCCCCACUCACUGAAGGGUAAAAACUUAUUGGUUCCUCGAAAGGUUUGCUAACUACCAGUUGUAUGCAUUCUUUUUUUGUAAAACCUAGUUGCAAUAUUGUUUAUGUUUCUUUUUUUCUUUCUUCUUUUGUUGGAUCUGUGGUACUGGAUCAUCAUACAGAUGGUCCUGCAGGUAUAGCGGUUAAGUGCUCAAAAGACAUUGACCGGUUUUAAUCAUCAACACAUAUAUUAUGCAUAUUUCUGAUUAUGGUGGUGUUAGACUUGAUGGAAAAAAUGGUUAGAAUGGUGCUUGUCAUUCUUCUUUUUUGUUUUCUUUUCAAAAGGGACACUUGCUUUAGUUAGUACUCUGUACCUUUGCCCUGUGUCUGGGUAUCAUUGGAUGUUGGAGAAGCUGGCUGUAAGUGGAGUGUCCCGGUUUUGCAGCCUUGUAUGGGCCACAGAAGUGAACACAGUCAACCUGGCAGUGUUAAUUCAGCACUUAGAAAGUUAAAUUAAACUCUCUCUGAGCUGAAUUGAAAGUGUUGAAUGAACGCAGCCAAGUUUACUGUGCUCUUUGUCUUUAUUUCUUUCUUCAAAAACAGAAGAGACCCACAUGUCAUGGUUUCUUUUUCAAAACAGUGCAGUAGAUACCGUGUUUUUUAAAAGAAUUAAGUUAAACAAAACCUCUCUAGCCUUUAACGUCUAGCUUAAAAUCAUGCCGCUUGCAGUGGACUGCACAGGAGAGCUUGUGCUUUUAUAGUUUUUAAAAACAAACAAUUGCGAGCUUCUCAAGAUACUUUGUGUUUAUGACUUCUGAAAUAAAAAAUAAAUCAGUCCUGGUUUGUUUGAAGCAAAUGUGUUCGUAGGAAUGUGAUGUUGCUUCCGAAUAUUUGCUUCAUGUGGCCUCUGAACUGUAAGCUAAAUGUGUGAGUGUGUGUGCGUGUUUGCGUGUGCGUGCGUGAUGGAGAGACUGCAUAGAAGAAUGUAUGUAUUGUCUUUCUUAAACCCAAUGGGGUUUUGUCUUUUUUCUCUCUCUCUGUCUCUUUUUUUUUAAAUGAUAGCUCAUAAAUGGCUGUGUGGUUGUAAUUCUGUUUAUUGCCCCGACCUCUGCCCCCCCAAACACUAUGCCAAUUUUUUUUUCUCUUUCUCUGUUUCCCCUUCUUUUCUCUAUCACUCUCUUCUGUUCAGUAUGUGUAACUUGAAUCUGAUUUGUACUACUGGAUAUUCAGACUGGAGCCAAUAAGCACCAUCUAUUCCUCCACAGCAUGGAAUUAACAUUAAACUUCAAAUAAAAACAAAACCUAAAUUAA